AUUAUUGUUAUGGUUAUAACUCUCUACGCUAAAUGAUAAAGCAGUGGGGCACGUGUACAUACGGCGUAUGAAAGGUUUAUUCGAUUCGAAUGCGCUCGAAUGAGUAUUUUAGCGAGUCAAUGAGUGUGCUUUAUCGUCUCCCUGUAAAGUUCCACACAACAAUUUCAUUAUGCAGAGUGACGAUGUGGUGUGGAGCAUCCUGAAACAUUCCUUCUGCUCCCACAAGGUAACCACGCCGUCUUCAAAUUUUUGCCGCAAUGAAUACAAUCUCACAGGACUCUGCAAUCGUUCAUCGUGUCCGCUUGCAAAUUCUGUGUAUGCUACAGUCAAAGAAGAAAAUGGCGUGUGUUACUUGUACAUGAAAACAGCGGAGCGCUGCGCUUUUCCCGCACGUAUGUGGGAAAAAAUGAAGCUUUCUAAGAACAUGGAGAAGGCCCGGGAACAGAUCGAUACCACCUUAUUAUAUUGGCCUCGAUUCGUAAGGGUUAAAUGUCACCAACGGCUUUUCAAAAUUCAUCAAUACUUGAUUCGGAUGCGCCGUAUGGCCUUAAAACGCCGCACAAAAGUAGUAACAAUCAAUAAGCGCAUCGAACGAAGGGAGAAACGCAGGGAAGAGAAGGCCCUCAUUGCUGCAAAACUUGACACAGCCAUUGAGCGGGAGCUACUUGACAGGCUAAAAAGUGGAACCUACAAGGACAUUUACAACUUCCCACAAAAGGCGUUUGACAACGCUCUCGAAGAUGAAAAGGAAGCGGAAGAAGAAAUGGAACAAGACGACAACGACGACGACGAUGAUGAUGUGGGAAAAGUGCGAUUCGUCGAAGCAGGCCCCUCAGACAGCGAUGAGGACGAUACAAACGAUGUGGACAGAAGUAGUGAAGAUGGAGUAAAAGUAGGCGAUAUCGAAGAUUGGGGCGAAGGAAUUCUUAACCAAGGCGCUAGCAGCAGCAGUACAAAUAUUAACGCAAGCGACGACGAUACAAGUAAAGUCGGUUUUAAGAGAAGUGGUCGGGUAGUUAAGCGGGAGCGCACUAAUGUAAAAAUCGAAUAUGAAACGGAGACAAAAGAAGCUGAACGCGCGAAAGUCAGCACUUGAAUGAGUUUGAUGGUUGCCGUGACUAUUUGUGAAUAUUGAGAAAGCAAAUUUUGUCUCCAAUUUUGCCUAAUGCAGGCAACAUUUCAGUGCAUGGGUGUACAUUAACUUCAAAUUUUCAAACACGAAUUACUUGUCCAUUCACUAGAUAAAAAGUUAAGCAAAUAAA